AUGAACGCAAACUGUCUCCUGAGGCGGCCGGUCGGCUGCUUGAAGACGGCGCUCCGCCAGACUCGGCACCAGAAACUGGUGGCUCGUACCAUGGCCACCGCCGCCGAACCCCCAGUAUCAACACCCUCAGCGCCUGCGCCCUCAAUCAAGCCCUCCAUGUUCAGUCCCCGUCACAAGCCCACUUUCGCCGUCUACCCCCAACUUCCCUCCAUCCGCCAAACCUACAAGAACCCGAUGAUCGCCCUCGAUGACAAGCAGCGCGCGACUCUCGACCCUACGGGCGCCCGAACCCGUCUCUUCGACCCGGCCCGCCCUGAUGCCGCCAAGGUCGGCGAUGUCCUCAUGGUCACGACGAAAUCCGGCGAGCCCUUCUCGGGCGUGUGCAUGAGCAUCCGCCGCCGUGGCGUUGACACCGCUAUUCUUCUCCGCUCGCAGCUUAUGAAGGUCGGCGUCGAGAUGUGGCACAAGAUCUACUCGCCGACGGUCAUCGGUAUUGAUAUUGUCUGGCGCAGACCCAAGCGCGCGCGCCGUGCCCGUCUCACCUACAUGCGCCAGCCCAAACACGAUAUGGGCAACGUCGACCACCUCGUCUACGCCUGGAAGAAGGAGAGAUACGGCAUGCGCGGUGGAAAGGGCAAGGGACAGGUUGGUACACGGUUCGAGAAGAAAUGA